CAGAACUGUCCUGACAUCUAACGAAACAGUCUGAAGCAUUCCAACUUCAAUUUUCCUGUGCCUCCAAGUUAGGUUAGAAAGUUUAAGAUGUAAAUAUUUACUCUCGUCCGAUCUAAUGUUGAACUCAAGAGAUCUUUAAUAUCCAUCCAUGGCAAGUGUGGACAGUUCGCAGCCCUUCAUUAGCUCGCCCUCCGAAGCCACGUCCAUUAAUCAAGAUCCUUUGGAAUGGAACCAAAAGAAACGAACAAUGAUCAUAAAUUUGGGGCUCACAGAUCAUUCCGAGACCGGAGAAACGCCGACCCCAACCAGGUUUAUUCGAAACUGCGAGGAAGUUGGUUUGUUCCAAGACCUCCAGCACGUCAAUCCCUUCGACGAGCAGUUUAAAAAAGCCAUCGAAAACUCCGCUUCAGUCACUUUGCAAGUGCCUGCGCACCCCUCCGACGGCAGUCUACACACGCCGCAGAUUUGCCCCCAUUUGCAGACGAAUCCUGAAAAUCACCAUGACUUCCAUUCCGUUGAAUCAACCUCACUGACUAGCUUGAUCAUUUCUCAUUCUUCGCCGAGGGAUGAUGAGGCCGACGAUGGGUUUGAUGAUGAUGACGAUGGCAACUCUUUGGUGAUAGUGGAAGCAGAAUCCUCCAACGAUCACGAACAGUGCCGCCCAUGUGACGAGAAAGCGCCAGCGCUAAACGGCACGAAAAUCAGGCUUACGCAAGCUCCAAAACGCGGAAGGCAAAGAUGCCUGAAAAAGCCCACUAGAAUCAAGCUGGUGCCGAUAGAAAAACUAUUAAACAGCAGUCAGGGAGAUGAAGUCAGGCCAGAAAAAAACAUCGCAAAAGUUACUGGUGAACCUCAGAGUGAAACCGGCAAAGAAACGGCGAAUGCUACAGUGGAGGUCCAGAGGCAGAGGGAGGCGAAUAAAGCGGCCCAGAUACGCUGCAGGAAGAGAAAGCAGCAGGACUUUGAGGAAAUGAAGCUGGAGAAUGCGAGGCUGAAAACUGAAAACGCCAACUUGGAGAAACAGAUACAGAAGCUGCAACAAAUCAUCAGAGAAAGAAGACUUACUAUGGACUCAACUAGUAGCCCUACAGAGGCGAUGCAGGAAAAUUCCACACUUGAUAACCGGAUAUUGGAAAAGCCCGCUCAAAAUUCACUGCCUUUAACGAAGCGGCCAAGUGAAUCGAAAAAGAGGAGACGAUUCAAAAGUUCAGCUGUGAAUGUGCGAAAGUCCUUAGCCCCGAUUGUCCCUAAAUUAGUCCUUCCUUUGCCUGUUCCCGGGAAUAAUCCGGUAAGUUCCGCAGUGCAGAACUUGCCGAAUUCUGCCUUGCAGAAUAGUUUGAACACCAUUGUAGUUGUUUAUCCCAGAGCAGUUCAACCAGUAAGUAGUGCCAUUCACCAUAUACUUCCUAAAUGAAUUUCAGUUAUUAAUUUCUCCAACUAUGUGCCUUAAAACACAAAAGUCCUGCUUUGUGUUGCUUACCAAUUUUUUAGUAUGUGUAUUUACUAUUUUAUAAUGUUAUACAGAUAAAAAAACGUUGCAAAACCCUUCCAUAUAUCCGAUGAAACUUGUAAAGACCCAAUCAGAUAUGUGGAUUUUUUGGGCAAUGCACGCAGCUCCUCCAAAAAAGUACAGGGUGAUUUGAGUUGAGCUUCUAGACCAUUUAGGCGGCUUUCGAUCAUAUCAAAUAAUUCGACGUGGAUUUUUAGAGUAUGUUGCCCUUUAUUCACUUAAAUAUACUACUUUUUUACGAUUAA